UGUGUGCCGCUUGCUGACGGCCGAACUUUCGUCUACCCGUCCCUUGACUUGCCGUAGUUUCCCGACGAGUUUUAAGGAUAAGGAAAAAAUCGGACGCUGUUGAAAGUUAUUUUCGCACCAACGUAACACAAUUAUCGGCAGAUCCAACUGCAUAUUUAGUUUCCGGAGCUCACAAUUUCGAUAUCGUUUCCUGUUGAGCUACCACGUCUACUGAAGAGUUUCCAGUUGCGAAUUUCAGUUGGACGAUUGUUUUGUGUUGAAGGCAACUGGAAUCAAGCUAUCUUUCGGCAGUCAAACCCGCUAGCGUCAGAUAUCCAUAACAGUUAAUGAUUUUAAACCGUUAGCAAAUGCUAACCUCUCUUUCCUCGCACGAAACAAUACGUUGUCCUGAAGAAGUGCGAGUGUGUGAGGACAUUGGCCACUAUCGUUGGACCAACUAGACAUUUCGAACUUUAGUCUUGUUUGUGUCCGCACAGAAACCAUGGCGGAAACAUCGCAGUUUGGGGGAGGCAGUUUUACCUGCACAGUGAAAAAGGCAAACAGUCUCAACGCGGCAUCAAGUAACGUUACAAAUUUGAGACGGAAAGUCCGCCAGUCUCACAGAAGAAAUAUACAUAAUCGGGUGGUCCUGGAGAAAGUCCUCGGCAUCACUACAUCUAGCAGUAGCGGUUUGGCCUGCGAUCCCAACACUGGUCUGGUCGCCUAUCCAGCAGGAUGCGUUGUAGUUAUCCUGCAUCCAAAGAAGAAUAAGCAGAGUCACAUUCUCAAUACAUCCAGGAAAACCUUCUCUGCCUUGGCCUUUUCUCAGGAUGGAAAAUAUCUGGUCACCGGUGAGAGUGGGCACAUGCCGUGUGUGCGCGUGUGGGACGUGGCAGAGCGUGCACAGGUGGCGGAGGUCCAGUGCCACAAGUAUGGUGUGGCCUGCGUGGCCUUCUCUGCCAACGGCAGCUACAUCGUCUCCGUGGGAUACCAGCACGACCAGACCGUCAACGUGUGGGAGUGGAGGAAGGGGACUGUUAUUGCAUCAAACAAGGUUUCCAGUAGAGUGCUGUCUGUCUCCUUCUCCGAGGACAACAGCUACUUUGUCACCGCCGGCAACAGACAUGUCAAAUUCUGGUACCUGGACGCUUCCAAAGAGAGACGGGUGAACAGCACGGUGCCCCUGAUUGGCCGCUCAGGCUUGCUGGGAGAGCAGCGAAACAGCACGUUCUGCGGCCUGACAUGCGGCCGCGGUGCCAUGGCGGGCAGUGCCUACUGCAUCACCCACACAGGCCUGCUGUGCCUGUUCAACAGCAAGAGGCAGCUGGAGGCGUGGGUUGACCUCAAGACCUCUUCGGCACGGUGUCUGUCUGUGAGUGAGAACUAUGUGUUCUGCGGCUGUGCUGACGGGAUGGUGAGAGUGUUCCGCCCUCAAGACCUGCACUUCAUCACCACCUUGCACCGCCCACACAGACUCGGAGUGGACAUCUCACAGGGCGUCCAGCCAGGGCACUUGUUCACCACAGACCUCAGCGCAGAGUACCCAGACACGCUGGCCUUGACUUAUGACCCUGUCGCUCGGCACCUGACCUGUGUGUAUAACGACCACAGCGUGUACGUGUGGGACGUGCACGACAUCAGGAACGUGGGGAAGGUGUACUCGGCCCUCUACCACAGCGGCUGCGUGUGGAGUGUGGAGACGUACCCUGAGGUGGAAGCCCCACAUGCAGCCUGUCUGCCCCCCAGCUCCUUCCUCACCUGCUCGUCUGAUAACACCAUCCGCCUGUGGCACCUCGACCCCCAGCAGGGUUCCACACAGACCCAGGGCUCGGGCCUGCUCACCAGCCUGCACCGCAACCUCUAUAGUCAGGACCUGAUGAGGAUCGUGUAUGUGGGGGAGGACACCCAGCAUCUGCAGUCGGAGGGGGAGCGGGCUGAAGGGGGCUCUCUGGACGGGAAGUCCGGGAUAAGGGUUCUGGGCAUCAGUCCAGACGGCCAGCACCUCGCUGCUGGAGACCGUAAUGGCAGCCUGCGGAUCUUUGAGCUGCAGUUUCUAGACGAGAUCGCCAAGAUUGUGGCCCAUGACUCCGAGGUGCUGUGUCUGGAGUUCUCUCCCAUGGAAACUGGUCUUCGUCUGCUCGCAUCGGCCAGUCGUGACCGUCUCAUCCACAUCUUCAACGUGGAGAACAAUUACAACCUGGAGCAGACUGUCUACGACCACUCUGCCUCCAUCACUGCCAUUAAGUUUUCAGGUGACCGUUCAGAUGUGAACAUGGUGAGCUGUGGGGCUGAUAAGAGCAUCUAUUUUCGCACAGCCGAGCAGACAGCAGAGGGCCUGUCCUUUUCCCGGUCGCACUACGUGGCAGAGAAAACCACCCUCUACGACAUGGACCUAGACGCCACAGGCGGUCAGGCAGCCAUCGCCUGCCAGGACCGCAACGUCAGAGUAUACAACAUCAAGAGUGGCAAAAUGAUGAGGUGCUUCAAGGGCUCCCUUAGUGAAGAAGGCACUCUGCUGAAGGUCCAGAUGGAUCCUUCUGGAGUCUACCUGGCCACCAGCUGCUCUGACAAGAACAUCAGCAUCUUUGACUAUGAGUCUGGAGAGUGUGUGGCCAGCCUGUUUGGGCACUCUGAAAUCGUGACGGGCAUGAGGUUCAGCCAGGACUGCAGGUACCUCAUCACGGUAUCUGGUGACAGCUGUGUGUUUCUGUGGCGCUUGGACUCUCAGAUGACCAACUCCAUGAGGAAGAGGCUGGCGGAGAAAAGGGAGAGGGCAGGCCUUCGGAACGCCAGUGCUGCCAGUCAACAGCAUAUGCUCCGGAGGGAGACCUACAUCACUGUGCCAGCAGUGCCGGAUAUAGCCCAGGAGAAGGGUGAGGAAGAGGAUGAUACGGCCUUGUGUGAAGAAGAGCCACGCACCCCAGCUAGGGUUGACACAAAUCCGGAGGUUGCUGACCCGCUGCUGCUGCAGACCAAUGGCAGAUUACCCAUGUGGGCUCGCAAACUGGCUGCAGUGAGCUCUGCUGGUGCGCCAGGCCCUGCUGCUUCUGCUGGCACCACCGCUGCUGCCGCCGUCGCCCCCUCUGCAUUGGGCCCCUACCAGCCACGGGGCCGCUGGGCCGAGCAGUCGGACCCCCAGGCCAUCCGCUCUCUCCUGGAGACGCGCAGCCUGCAGCUGGCCCUCACGCCCAGCCCCCAGAGAGCCGACGGGGGAGGAGACGCCGAGGAGGAGGCCGACGACUCCCACUUCCACCCCCAGAGCCUGGACAGCCUCAUGGACGAGGAGGAGGAGGAGGAAGAGGAGGAGCCAGAGGAGGAGGACGAGAAUGAGAAGAGCUCAAGCGGUCACUUUGAGGCGGGUUUUCCAAGACCUGGCUACCUGCCACUGCCGGCUGCGGGGGAUCUGUUUGGCCCUGGACGCGACUCUCUGGACAGGAACGACUACAUCCUGUACCCGGCCAACAGCACAGCACUGUCAACAGGGGGAGACGGGGACUUUGACGUGAAAGCUUUAUGUGAGGUGGGAGAGGAGCUUAGUCCAGACAGUGCCUGUUGCGUGGGCUCAACGGAGAGCCGGGGGUCCAAUCAGGAGCCAGCGAUGGAUCCAGACACAGACUCCCUGAGCCAGGUGAGCUCCACGGGCAGCUCCGGCGUGGAGGAAGAGGAGGAGGAAGAGCCAGAGACACUCUUGCGCCAGCAUUUUGACACACUGGCCAACAGCCUGUCCAGCGAUGCUGAGAAGUUUGACACAGACCCUCGCAGUCUGCAGCCGGCAUCUGACAGCAACUUCCUCAACCCGCGUCUGAGCAUCUCCACACGUUUCCUGUCUCGCUUCCAGAACCGCCUGCGAGGCGUAGGCUGUGGUGCGUCUGCCCCCCGGCCUGCUGCACUGCCCCCCAGCAUCACCGAGGAGGCCUCUCCUGGAAGCAGCCCCACUGCCCCAUCUGCCCCUACUCACCCCAUCCCCCAGGUCUCUAUGAAGAUUCAGCAGGCUGGUGAGAGUGCUGUUGAGCCUCCCACGCUGGCUGAGGAGGGCAAGAGCCGAGCUGAAGCUGUGAAGUUGGUGAAGUCUCGGCCCCCGGUGCCCAGGAAGCAGCACUCGGCACCCAACCUACGGCGCCCGCGGCCUCUGCAGAGUCGCCACAGCAUAGCUGGCAUUGGGUGGACUAGCACCCUGGGAGAGGUAACAGACAAGGCCCUGUUCUCCCAGUCCAACAUUGAGAAUGUGGCCACCACACCGGGGCAGAACCCAGGCAGCGGCCCGUCUCCCAAACCCAGCCACCUGGCGCCGGAGAAGGACGCGGGACUACGCUCCUCUCAGAGCUACAUGAGCACCACCACCAGCUUCCGUGCCAAGGUGUCCCGCUCUGGCAAUCCGGCAGAGGCCCCCGGCAGGACCCCCCUAACGGAGGAGCCCAUCCCGCCAGCCAAAGCCUCGGGCCCCAGGGCUCCUUCCUUCCAGGACCUGAGUGUGGAGCACGGGGACUUUAAGGAGAACCUGCCCCCUACCUCUCUUCCUCCUCCUCUUGCAUCCUCUUUGACCAUCGCUGCCUUCACCUCUGAGACCGGGUCAGCCAGCCUCCCCUCCACGCCGAUGGCCUCCACCGGAACAUCGUCCUCUUUGGGCCAGUUGCCUGGCAACCACAGCGCCCGGGCAGCACUCCGGUUGGACCUGUCGGGCUCCGACUGCUGCCCCUCCCUGGGCCGCCCGUCUCCCGCCGCUUCCAUGAAGAGCCGGCGGCGGAUGGCUCCGGAGGGCGCGCCGCGGCAGUCUGCGCUGGUCACGCCGACCGAGAUGCGGUCACUGGGACAGGAGGGCAGGAAGCGCAUCAGCAACAUCGAGGAUGGCAUGACCCCCCGUGGUGCCCUCGGCUCCAGAGCCUCCACCACUCUCCCCUCUGCCACCUGUCGCUCCCCAGAGCCCUCUCAGGCCAGAGCUGCCGAGAGGCACCCAAGACCAGACCCCCAGGCCCAGCUGCAGCAGCAGGCCAUCUCCCGGCCCUCCGGUCCAGCAGCAUCUCCCACUGUGGAUAACCUGUCUUUCCAGGACUGCCCAGCAUUGUGCUCCAGUCCAGUGGACUCAGCUGAUUCAGUGGAGUCUGUGAACUUGCAGACGUGCAACCAGAUAGUGAACGAGCUGAGACACACCAUGAAGAGAGCUGUGAGUCUGUACAGCAAGCUCUGUUCCCACAACGAGCUUCCUGACCAGCAGGCCCAGAUGCUGUCUGUUCUCCAGGACGCCUUUGCUGGGGUGCGGAGCGAGCUGGACUCGGUCUUCACCCCCUCGUCUCCUCCUCUACCUCCGCUCCCGGAGGACUCCCCCGGUCGCCAGCUGAGGGACCAGCGUGCCGUGGCUCUGCUCGAGCGCUACUCCGAGCUGCUGCUCCAGAUGGCCGAGAAGAAAAUGGACGCCAACUGAACUCCUAUACUACCUGUCCCAGUUUCACAUAUUCCCUCCCAUUACCGUCUGACAUAAUUGAGCUUCAAACCGCACUCGCCUUUCGCAUUUUCAUUGUGUUGGAGAGUAUAGGAGGCGAACACAUCUGGGACUUCUUCUUUUUUACUGUGAACACUUUACAGCCACCAGCCACCUUUUACUAUUUGUUUUAUGUACCUUUUUAAAAACACAUUGUUGACUGAACGUGAAGAUUUGUGUAAUUUUUGUAUGUCCAUUUGUGGCCAAGGUAAAAAAAAAAGGUACUCUUUUUAUACACCAAAUUUUACAAUUUUAGCAUAAUGGUCCUGCCAUAUUUCACCUUUUUAUAGUUGAUUUUUACACUUAAGGAAUGCAAGUUUGAAUCAGCUGAUGCAACAUACAUCAAUCACAGGAAAGCCAAAGUCCUUUUUAUGUUAAAUAAGUGUAGCUGAAGCGGAGAGGAUUUGUUUUCCAAUCAAUGCUGGUCAGCAUGUUUUGUCCCAUCAUAUGUACUGUUUCUACUUUCGAUCAAAUGGUUAGUUACCCAAAGUUUGUUAGGACCUUAGAAAGGCCUUGUUUUUCCUUGCAUUUCUCCCAAUCGUCUGGUAUAUUUAAUAGACAUCAUAUCAAAGUACCUUAGGUACCAAAGUACCGCGAUUUGGUCACAGGGCAUGCUGAUGCACAGAAAUUGUGAAAUUUUGACUUUAACUCUGGACUUUAAGUGUUUUGUUUUCUUUGUUAAAACUAUAGUAUUAUGUCACAUGCCAAUGUUCAUUUUCGCCUGUAAAAUUAAUGGUGGAUGUGCAAUCCUCUGAUAUAUUUGUUUGUCACCUUUUGUUUGUUUUCAUCUGUAAAAAUGCUAUGUAAAUAUGUUCUGUAAUAUUUAGACCCUUCUUUCAUUACAUUUUAAAAUGUGUUUUAAUCUGAUAAUAAAUUUUCAUACCUUUCUAAAGAAAA